UUUCCAUAACAGACGAUAUAAAAGGUUGCCAUGUAAAUUCUAAAAAAUAUUGUCCUUUAUUGUUUAUAAAAUACCCAAUUACUAAGGCAUUCUAUAACAGUUAAGUGUAACUUUAAUCGUCGUGAUCAGUGUCGUUGUGUUGUUUAUAGGAUACAUGCAACAAAAACAGUUUUGUUAUGUGAAUUUGGUACGUUUUUGUAUUUUUAUCGAGUUUGAUCAAAACCUGCCUUUGUGUGUUUGUGUUGUGCUUUGAUAAUGAUAACCAUAAUGGCCGGCCAUGUUCGCCGGAGGAAGACGGAGGUCGUCGUCUGUGAAGGUCAUGCAGCUCUUCCAUGAACUGAAACAACAAUUCCCAACCAUUCCCGAUCACAUAGUGACCUCCUGCAUCACCUCCUACAUCCAGUCCAACGCGCAAGGCAAAACGUCCAACAUCAUCGACCUCCUAGACGCCGCUUUAACGGAGAACAACCAAGAGCAGAUGGGACGACCUCAAUCUCCGCUGGAAUCACCCUCCCUAACCCAAAAUCUAGAACCGAAAGACAUCCCAACCCGAGCAGACGUUCACCCACACCCCCAAUCUACCUUUGGCAAAGUUUCGGAAAAGGCAAACCUUGACCAACCGCGCGUCGAACGAAACCGAUUCGAAAUGAACGAGAGUGCAAGUGAUUUCAACCGAAAUAUCGUAAAACCGAGUGUGUCGAAUUGUAACGAAGGAGUUAGUGCGCCAACGCCAAAGGGCGGCCUCGCCAAGAGACCCAACCACCUGGACAUCAAAUCGGAAACCUUCAACAGCUUCGAGAACGCCAACGAGGAGAAGAGGAAGUUCAACAUACAACUCUCCGAGAAGUGCAAGGACGUUCACAAAUUGCUUAACUCUAACCUAACGAGUGAUAAACCCCCGCGAUCGCCUCUAAGUGCUAAGCGUUUUUCAAAGAACUCCCCUACCAAGCUAGAAAGGUCAUCUCUGGUGUCUCCUGACACUCAAAAGCGGUUGCAGGAGGACAUCAAAUCCCCUGACGCUCAAAGGCGGUUAAGCCAGGAAGAAAAGUUGAAAAAGGAGAGUCCUUCAGUGACUGCAGUGAAAAAGGAAACGUGCUCCACACCCAGCCAAACGACUGACACCCUGCUAGGAAGCCCCACUCCCAACGUGAACCUUUCCCUGAACGUGAAUUGUUCCGUGGGGCUGGUGCAGAGCCCACCACAGUCCAAACGCACCUCUGUGGCACAGCUAACGCCAACGCAACCCUGGCUGCAACAACCGACGUCGCCGAGGAGCUACACCAGCGUCAAUCUGACCCUGAGGCCUCCGGCCUCCACCCCACAGGAUCCCAUAGACAUCACCUCGCAGAAUUCGAGUCUAACGUAUUCUACGAGUAGUUUCGAUUCGCAGAAGGGACUUCAGAGCCGGUUGCAAAUCACUGUGGGACCCGGUGGGGGCAGCGUUUCGUCCGUUAGGGCCAGGCCGAGGAGCUACCACCCUCAGGAGCCCCUGCAAGAAGUCGUGCCUACGAGAGCUGGAUCUUUGAACGAUUUGGCGGCAACCUCAGAACCGCCUGUGAUAUUAAAACAACAAGCUCGUAUAGAGAGGUUGAGAAUAGAACUGAAAACUGAAAAAGCCAAAUUGGUGAUUAUGAAGCAAGAAAUUGCUGAUUUAGAGAAAAAUAGACUAAAAAGGGAACGCACGAUUGACGCUGAAGUGGAGAAGCAACUUUUGAUGGAAAUCAAACAUCUCAGAUGUCAAUGUGAACAACUGGCUCUAGCAGAUAAGGGUGAGGAAGAGUUCUAUCAAAACAUAUACACAGGUCAGCAAGGACCUUUGACCGCAGACGUGCCAAUAGUGCGAACGAGGCAACCCACCAGAAGAAGACUGUACUACCAGGGACCCACAUUGCUCCCCCAUCCGGAAAUAGAGGGCCCCAAGUGGAAUUGCGGUGUAUGUACAUUCCUGAACCAUCCAGAUUUGGAUAAAUGUGAGCAGUGCGAAAUGCCCCGAAUAGUACACGGUACGAAACACGAGGCUUUUAACCGUAACCUCAGUUUUGACACCAUCCGAAUGCUUAACAAUAACAACUUUGACUUUAAUCAAGCAGCUAGAUCUCUGAGCUACAGUGUUCCUAAUAACGUCAGUAAUAACAUUAGCAAUGCCGGCUUGUCGCUAACUAGACCCCUAGGAUUUGUUUUGGACCAUUCCGGGCAUCCCUUGAGUUUGCCCGGGCAUGUAGUUAAUAGCCAUUCGGCCCCCAAUAGAUUAAAUGAAUACCUAGGAAAUGCUAAUCAAAAUUUAAUUAGCAAUACAGUGAUUAAUAGACAAACACACCGAUAAAUAAUAGUUACUUUUUAAAUAGAGUUCUAAACAAUUAUACUGUCUCAGUCUCUAUUCUGUAGAGAUUACGUUGACAGAAAACUUGUGUAUUUGUGGAUUUCUAUUAUAUCUAGGGAUCACAAAUGGACAAUUGGAGCGGUGAAAUGUUGCUCAUUCACGAAUAAAAAUUAGUAAAAUUACAUAAGACCGUAACGAUGUUCAGGGUAUGAAACAUAACCCUGAUCAUCUAAAUUUGGAAUUGAUAUAUUUAUAAAGGUAAAAUACUAUAAAUGAUUAAGUGCUUAUGUAACAGUUUUGUACUAGAUAGAGAGUUUAUUAUUUUUAUUAUAGAUUGUUUUUGAACACAUGUUUACAAAACAAAUAUGAUAUAUAGGGUGUUUGUAAAUAA